AUGAUAACAUUGCAGAACCCACAACCAACAACACAAAAGAGCAGCGUUGCCUGGCCAGCUUGUAAAUUUAAGAUAAGACUUAAGAUAUAAGAUAAUCCAAGACCGUGAUUAUACUAACCAGAAAAUUAGAUUCCAAUUUAUUACCUAUAUCUGUGUUAUGUUCACAUUAAAUCAUAAAACCUAGGUAUAUAUAUUAAAUGAUAAGAACCUAUUAUGAGUUCAUGAUAAAAACCGUUUAUUUUAUUAGUGAUAUAAACUGUUUUUACUUUUUUUUACUAUCUGGUAAUAUAAAAUACAGAAACUUGUAACAAAAAGUAUCCAAAACGUUUGAUUGUGAGUGCCUUUUGAGAUUAAAGUUUGAAAGUCUUUCUUCGAAGUGCAGUUGUAGUUGAACCAUUCUUUCUUUGCCUACCUAUAUGUAUUUAAUUUAAGAUAUAUGCAUUAUGCACCCAAUUUGGCAUCACCCACUUGUUUUUAUUAUAUUUGAGAAAAUAAAUAAAAUUCCCAAUAGAAACUUAAUUAUAUAUGCGCCAGGUAUUUAUAUUUAAUAAAGUAUAAUACUUAAAUUAUUUUUUAAUUAGUUUGAUUAAUCACUGAUUUUUUCUAAUUUAAUUUAGUUCAUUCAUAAAAAAUCAGCUGCUAAAAAUUAAAAUGAUUUUGGUCUAAUAAACAAUCCAAGUUGAUCCAUUUUUUGUUUUCAUUAACAUUCAACCACAAGUAAAAGGAGAAAAAAUUAAAAAUAUAAAGGUCAGUAAAAAAAUAUAUUAAAACUGUAUAAAAAAACAGAAGUGAAAUCUAUUCAUUUAAACUUUUCAUCUUUAGAUUAAAAAAAAACCAACAAAAUUGCAUGGUGCUAUUCAACUCGAAGAACAAGCAAGUAAACAAACAGGAAUUAAGAAAAACAAUAUGAAAUUAACUCCAGACAUAACAAAAUAUGACAUCACUUUUGGAAAUAAAUGGUAACAAUUAUAAGGUUAAGUGCUUAGUUUUUAAAAAUAAUAUUAAUGGUUUAUUAGUAAAUAAAUUACUAAAUUUUAUUUGGUACAUUUAAAAUGUUUCAGAAUAGUUUAUAACUAUUUACAAAUACUUAUAAUCAUUUUGUAUUAUCUCAAAUAUUUAAAAUAAUUUAUUUAUAUAAUUUAUCAUUUUAUUUUAUUUUUGGGGGGAUUAGUAUUUUAUGAAAACAAACAAGUUUCUAUUAAUGAGUAACCAGGGGUGAUGCAUUAGGAAAAACUUUGAGACGAUGUCUUCCCAAUAAUUAUAACAUGACAAAAAAAAAGUAUUUAAAAUUAUUUAUGUAAUUUAUGUGUAAAAUUGCUUUUGUUACCUAUAUUUACCUGUAUUGUAUGUGUGUAUUAAUAUUCUCUCAACCAUGGUGUUAUGAGUAAUUUUUAGAAUUAACAAUAACAACAAUAUAAUUAUUAUUUACGAUUAUUAUUUAUUUAUUAUAUUACAAUUUUAUUUCAUUAAACAUAAUACACAAAUAAUAGGUAUCAUAGUUACAUUUUCAUUAUCAUAAUGGAUCCAGUAAAGUUAUUACAUAAACUGAGUAUAAUAAUACAAAUUGGUGGAAAUCUGAUAUAUCAAUAUUAUGAUAAUCUAAUAUUAGUUGUGUUUAAAUGUUUCAUUCUUAAACUGGUUUUAAACAAUCAAAAAUUUGAAAUCCUUAAACUACUAGUUUAAAUGUUUUAACUGCACUAUAAUUUAUACCUAGUAUAAUAUGCACUAUAGUAUACAAAUAAAGCAUAAUAUAUAUAUAUAUAAAAAAAAAAAAUUAAUUUUGGUAAUUUGGUUUGUGGUGUUCAUUAUAUAUUUUUCAAUAUUAAUAUUAAAUAUACAUUAAUCUUGUUGUUAAAAUCUUAUAUUAAAGAUUACAACAAUGUAAAUAAAUAUUUUCAGUUACAUCUGUAUUAAUGAAACUAUAUUUUAUGCGAGUUAAUACAUCUAAACAUAUUAUAUUGUAUUAUAAAUAUUUUAGAAUUUCAAUUAAAAAUUCAGUUAAUAAUUAAUAAAAUUACAAUUAAAAACUUAUAAAAAUGAGUAUUAUAUGUUUCAGGAACUGGCAAAAUACCAAAAAAAUGUAUGUCAAUUAACGCCUAAACAGAUUAAAAGAAAAAUACAAAUUUUGUGAAAAAUAAAAAAUAAAUAAAAUUUCUGACUCAUAAUUUGGAGAAUAUCAUAGGGAAACUGGUUCUUGUUUUCUUAUCCCUGUAGAAGAGAGAUCAUCUGCCACUUUAUUAGAAAUUAUUAAAGAGUAUAUUAAGUCGGAUACCACAAUUAUUUCUCAUUUUUAAAAGGUAACUAAUCAAAGUUUAACAAAAUUUAGAUAAAACUUUUUUCAAAAUGUAUAAUCUAUUUUAGGCCUAUGAUUGUUUCGAAAAUGAAGGAUAUGUUCACCUUAAGGUUAAUCAGACUCUUAAUUUCAAAGAUCCAGAAACCUGUUAUGUUCAUACAAAUAGCAUUGAGAGUACAAGGUGUCACUCAAAGGUAUCAAUGCCCAACUAUAGAUGACAAAAAGAGUUUUAUAGAGGAUAUUUAUCAAAGUAUAUGUUUUUAAAGAAGUGCUGUGUAUUACAAGUGGAUCUGACUGGAGUUUUUUAAAAAUGCAGGUGUUUUAUACAAUAUAGAGAAUGAUGAAGAGUACAAAACUGAUGUUCACAAAGAUGAAAAUAAAAGUUAAAACCAUAUUAACAACCAACAUCA